AUGACUGGUAUUAUAUCCGAGAGUCCGAGUUCAAGGACAAUUAGAAUAGAUUCUCAAAUAUCUCCAGUUGAUCUGGAACAACAGUCUAGAUCUUCAAAUGCUGAUGGUAUCACUCAAGACGUAAAGAUACAAAGGAAAUUAUCGCAACCACCUGCCCUUAGAAUCAUCCCCCCGCUCAAUUUUUGUCCAAUUGAGAAACAUUUAUAUAGAUCUGGACAACCAUCUAUAAUAAAUCAGUCAUUCCUUCAAGAUUUAAAUUUGAAAACUAUACUAUGGUUGGCUAGUGAAGAGCCACAAGAAGAUUUCUUGGAUUAUUGUUCUUCAAAUAAUAUUGAAAUUGAAUUUGUUGGUAUGAUGAAUGAUUAUAAUUAUCAAACGGUUAAUCCAUGGGAUGCAUUAACUGAGGGAACCAUUAAAAAGGCAUUAGAAUUAAUAUGCGACAAGAAGAACUACCCAUUGCUUGUUUGUUGCGGGAUGGGUAGACACAGAACUGGGACCGUGAUAGGUUGCUUAAGAAGAUUACAAGGUUGGAAUCUUGCAAGUGUCAGUGAAGAAUAUAGAAGAUUUACAGGAGCAAGAGGAGGGAGAAUAUUGGUUGAAUUAUUAAUUGAAAGUUUUGAUUUAAAUUUGGUCUCAAUAGAUCCAGAAGCUAUUCCUGAAUGGUUAGCUUGA